AUGAGAAUCUUUAUAAUAGUUGGCUUGAUAGCGUUAAGCAAUUGUGUCUCAUUUAGUUUAACAUAAAGAUGUGCUUGCAGUGAAUAUAAAUAAACUCUAUGCGAAGCUUAUCCUUAUUGCGCUUGGAGUGGAACUGCCUGUGUUGACAUGGAUUGCACAUACUUAAAAUCAGCUGAUACAUGCACCGGACCAAAGUCAGGAUAUCAAUGUUCAUGGAAUGCUUCAUCAAGCAAAUGUGAAACCCACACAUAUACUUGUUCUGAAGUUACAGAAGAUGACUGCUCACAAAAGAUAUUUGGAUUUAAUUGUAUGUGGGUGAAUGACAAAUGCUAAGAUUUUUCAUGCUCAACUGCUACUUCUGCUGCAUGCGAUCCAUUCAAUUGUGCUAUGUUAGAUUCAUCUAGCACAUGCAGUGAGCCUAAAAGCGUUGAUUGUUCCUCAUUUUCAACCCAAGCUACUUGUAAUUAGUCAGAUGGAAAUGGUAAUAUGUGCUACAUGAACAACGACUCUGUUUGCACAUAAUAUGAUAUUUACUCUCAAAAUUGUGGUGAUUAUUCAAGCACAAAGGAAUAUUGUCAACAAAUGUGUACAUUUGUGGAUAGUUCAAAAACAUGUUAAGCAAAAAGUUGUGCAGAUUUUACAAAUUAGGAUGAUUGUAUCUUAUAAUUGGACUUGACAGCAUUGAAAGUUAUUCCAUGCACUUGGAGUGGUACAGCUUGUUAAGAAUCUACAGCUGCAGAUGUCGAAAAAUUGGAUAUAAUCUCAUGCAUGGUUGUAACAAUGUUAAACUAUAAAUGGUCAUUGGAUGACGGCAAAUGCACUGCAUGCACAUCAUUUACAACCAAUCCAUAGUUUUAAUAUUUAUAGGAUUAUAUGAACGGAAGCUAUGGUAUUCAAAUCGGAGCCAUUAUUGUUGGAUUAAGCUUAAUAUUCAAUUGA